GCACGGCUGUCGAUAACGUGCUGCCGGGUCCCAGGAUGGAGGAGUGAAGUCCCCGUCGCCGCGGUUCCAGCCUCCGGAGCUCGCCCAAGCCGAGUCCCCAGAGAGCGCCCUGAGGGAACAGGGUGGCCGCCUGGUCCAGUUCUGGAGGCUGGGAAGUCCAAUAUCAAAGUGCCUGCAUCGAGGACCUUCGUGUUGCAUCAUCCCAUGGCAGAAGACAGAAGGGCAAGAAAGCAGGAGAGCCAGGGCAAGAGAAAGAGGGCUAACCUCAUCCGUUUAUCAGAACCCACUCCUGAAACAACAGCAUUCAUCUGUUCAUGAGGGCAGAGCUCCCAUGACCCCAUCACAUCUUCAAGUUUCCACCUCUCAACACUGUUGCAUUGGGGGUUAAAUUUCCAAUACAUAACCUUUGGGGGACACAUUCAAACCACAGCAGUUCUCAAUAACAAAUGUUGACUGUUUCUGUUGGACAAGGGAUGAGGAAUCUGCUGCUGGGCUGAGCAGUAUUUUGCAUCUCUUUUUGAUUAACUUGAAACUUAGACUGGUCAUUGGGACUAAAAGUGUUCUACCUUUUUAGUCUAUUAAAAAAUAUGAAAAUUCAUCUCUGUGACCACAGAUAUUAAUAGUUGGUCAUUUGCUUUCUUCAAAGAAUUUAUUUGAAAUAUAUUUAUAUUAUAGUUUUAAAAUAUCGGAUCCAUAAAAGCCCAAGCUUGCAGAACAGAUGACUAAGGGUAUGAUUUGCAAAACAAAAAGAAUCUUUUCUUCUAUUCAUCAGGGUUAGCUCCUCUAGAACUCAGAAAAAAAGUGCUUAUAUACAGCAUUUAGGAAAUGAAACCACUGGUUACAGCAAAGCAUACUUGCGGCACUUUUUAAAUGAGCUCAUUUAAAAGUACAAUCCAGCUGAGUGUAGUGACUCAUGCCUGUAAUCCUAAUGCUUUGGGACCCAGCCCGAAGCUGAUGAACCAUUUGAGCCCAGGAGAUUGAGACCAACCUGGGCAACAUCGUGAGAUCCCGUCUCUACAAAAAAAAAAAAAAAAAAUUUAAGAAACACUAGCUGAGCAUGAUGGUGUGCGCCUGUGGUCCCAGCCACUCAGAAGGCUGAAGUUGAUGGGUUUCUUGAGCCCAGGAGGUCGAGGCUGCAAUAAGUGAAGAUUGCACCACUGCAUUCCAGCCUUGGCAACGAAGACCCUAUAAGAGAUACGAGGUUUCGCCAUGUUGGUCAGGCUGGUCUUGAACUCAGAUGAACCACCCACCUCAACCUCCCAAAGUGCUGGUAUUACCAGGUGUGAGCCACUACACCCUGCGCAAAUAAGAGAAAGACAGGAUCUUGUUCUGUCACCCAGGCUGGAGUACAGUGGCAUGAUCAUAGCUCACUGUAACCUUGAACUCCUGGACUGAAGCGAUCCUCCUGCCUCAGCCUCCUGAGUAGCUGAGACUACAGAUUACACACACUCUGCUUGCAGGAAUACUUAUCAGGGCUUUAAUGGAAUGGAUCGUGAUUAUGGUCCUGGAUCUUAUGGAGGGAUGGAUCGUGACUAUGGCCAUGGAUCCUAUGGGGGUCAAAGAUCCAUGGAUUCCUACCUAAACCAGUCAUAUGGCAUGGACAAUCACAGUGGUGGUGGUGGGGGUAGCAGGUUUGGACCUUAUGAGUCUUACGACUCCAGGUCUUCUCUGGGUGGGCGAGAUCUGUACAGAUCUGGCUAUGGUUUUAAUGAACCCGAACAAAGCCGCUUCGGAGGUAGUUAUGGUGGUCGAUUUGAGAGCUCCUACCGGAAUAGCCUUGACUCUUUCGGAGGUAGAAACCAGGGCGGGUCUAGCUGGGAAGCACCUUACUCCCGUUCAAAAUUGAGGCCUGGGUUUAUGGAGGACAGAGGAAGAGAGAAUUACUCUUCCUACAGCAGUUUUUCUUCACCCCAUAUGAAGCCUGCACCUGUAGGCUCUCGGGGGAGAGGAACGCCUGCUUAUCCCGAAAGUACGUUUGGAAGCAGAAACUAUGAUGCUUUUGGAGGACCAUCAACAGGCAGAGGCCGAGGCCGAGGACAUAUGGGUGAUUUUGGAAGCAUUCAUAGACCCGGAAUUGUUGUUGACUAUCAAAACAAAUCCACCAAUGUGACAGUUGCUGCUGCAAGAGGAAUAAAGAGAAAAAUGAUGCAGCCAUUUAAUAAGCCCAGUGGAACCUUUAUCAAGAAACCCAAACUAGCAAAACCUAUGGAGAAGAUAAACCUCAGCAAAUCACCCACAAAAACUGAUCCUAAAAGUGAAGAGGAAGAAAAGCGACGAAUUGAGGCUCGGCGAGAGAAACAAAGGCGCAGAAGAGAAAAAAACAGUGAGAAAUAUGGAGAUGGAUACAGAAUGGCAUUUACAUGUUCGUUUUGUAAAUUUCGAACAUUUGAAGAGAAAGAUAUUGAACUGCAUCUGGAAAGUUCUUCACAUCAGGAAACAUUAGAUCAUAUACAGAAACAAACUAAAUUUGAUAAAGUAGUUAUGGAGUUUUUGCAUGAGUGUAUGGUGAAUAAAUUCAAGAAAACCUCUAUUCGUAAGCAACAGACAAAUAAUCAAACAGAAGUAGUCAAAAUAAUUGAAAAAGAUGUUAUGGAAGGUGUUACUGCAGAUGAUCACAUGAUGAAAGUAGAGACAGUUCACUGCAGUGCUUGCAGUGUGUAUAUCCCUGCUUUACAUAGUUCAGUUCAGCAGCACUUAAAAUCUCCUGAUCAUAUCAAAGGGAAGCAGGCUUAUAAGGAACAAAUAAAAAGAGAGAGUGUCUUGACUGCUACAAGCAUUUUAAAUAAUCCAAUAGUGAAGGCGCGAUAUGAACGUUUUGUUAAGGGUGAGAAUCCUUUUGAAAUUCAAGACCAUUCUCAGGAUCAGCAAAUAGAAGGAGAUGAGGAGGAUGAAGAGAAGAUUGAUGAACCUAUUGAAGAAGAGGAAGAUGAAGAGGAAGAAGAAGAAGCAGAGGAAGUGGGGGAAGCAGAGGAAGUGGAAGAAGUAGAGGAAGUGAGAGAAGGAGGAAUAGAGGGUGAAGGAAAUGUAGAGGGAGUGGGGGAAGGAGGGGAAGCAGGGGCAGUGGGAGAAGUAGAGGGAGUGGGGGAAGUAGAGGACGUUGAGGAAGAAACAGCAAAGGAAGAACCUGCUGACUUUCCUGUUGAGCAACCUGAAGAAAAUUAAAUACAAGUUAUUAGAUUUAAAAGGAGCUUUACAUUUCUGUUCUAAUGUAAAAAAGGGUAAGAAAUUUAAUAGCUUAAAAUAAAUUAACACCCAUGUUGCAUGCAUUCCACAUACUAAAAUUUGUUUUAUAUAAUUUCUAAAUGUUUGACAUUUGUUUAAUAAAAUGAAGGUAAAACUAUUUUAGUUUAGUUUUUAUAGCUACCAAACUUAGAUCCAAUAAACUGUAUAAUUUUUAAGCUUAAUUUUUAUUACUUUAUUGAUGUUAAGGAUAACAAAUGUGUAUUGUUAGUAUAUCUAUUCUAAUCAUUUUAUCUUAAAUGCUGCUCUUGGGAGAGAAUAUUCAAGUAUGCAUUAAUUUUUUGAAUACUUACCCUAGAAGAUAUAAACUGGGCAAGUAUUUUGUGCUCUGUGUAUUUUUUUACUGCAUUGACAUUGAAUAGUAAUUUGCGUUAAGAUACGCUUAACGGCUUUUUGUGACCAUGUUUCUCUUUGUAGCAAUAAAAUGUUUUUUACGAAAA